AUGGACCAGCAGCAGAAAGCACCUGCCCCAGUGUACGAUCUGUCCCAAGGUGGUCAUUAUGGAGCAAGCGCUGCCCUCUCCGCUCAAGGAUAUGUGCCUCACACAGAACUGUACUCAGGGUUAUGGUCAAACAUCAACCAAGGCUUGACUGGGCCAUCGCGAGAGAUCCUGGCAACGUACUGGCAACAAACCAUCAACCAUCUCGAGACCGAUACCCACGACUUCAAGAUCCAUCAGCUUCCUCUCGCCCGCAUCAAGAAGGUGAUGAAGGCCGAUCCAGAGGUCAAGAUGAUAUCGGCCGAGGCACCCAUCCUCUUCGCGAAAGGUUGCGAUAUUUUCAUCACAGAACUCACCAUGCGCGCUUGGAUCCACGCCGAGGACAACAAGAGAAGGACCUUGCAACGCAGUGACAUUGCCGCGGCUCUCGCCAAGAGCGACAUGUUCGACUUCCUCAUUGAUAUCGUCCCUAGGGAAGACAGUACCGGCCAUGGAAGCUCGUCAAAACGACCAAAUACCAGUGGCCAGGCCGCUGCUGCCCAGGUCCAGCAACAGCAACCUCAACCCCAGAUGCCUCCGCCUGACUAUGGCAUGCAGCCGGGCACAAUGGGACCUCCGGACCCCCAGUAUGGAAGGCCUCAAAUGUACCCUGCUCACAUGGGCGGCGACGCACAGCACGAUCCCAACCAGGGCUAUGGACAGCCUCCGCAAAUGUUUGGUGGCGGCGAUAUGUACAACCCCUACGCACAAGGGCAAUUCGGCGGCACUGGGGCACAGCAGGUAAGUGACGCAUCUUGGUGA